CCCAUUAUCAACGGAUACAACAUUAGAACCUACGUUAUUGUAAGGGAGGAAAGCCAAUAUAAGAACUCACAUCCUCCGAGCCCAGCACCAUGGUUGACGUAGCCGCGGUUGACGAAACGUUUAAACGUUUGCAAAGUCACAAGGGUGUGCUAGGUAUAAUAGUUAUUAACGCAGACGGUAUUGCUAUCCGCACGACCUUUGACAAUGACCUGACCGUCCAGUACGCGGCACUCGUUUCCCACUUCACCGUCAAGGCGCGAUCGGCUGUGAAGAAGCUGGACGGCGAUAACGACCUGAAGUUCCUGCGGAUACGCUCCAAGAAGCAUGAGAUUAUGAUAGCGCCGGAGUUCGAGAAGUCGCACGAGUACUAUUUAGUAGUGGUGCAGGAUCCAUCGAGAGACUCUUGAGGCGUGGCCGGUGAGGAUGGGCGGUGAACGCUAUGUACAUAUACGGCUGAGUUUUAGAGUGGUAGUGCCUCUCAUGGCUUUCCUCCUUAGGGCGGGCCGUUUCCGUGCUGCGCAGCAGGUGACAUGCCUUGCUGAUGGGGUCAGAGGGCGCGAGGGAGGGUAAUCCUUUGUACCUCAAGGGUUGUACCUCAAGGAAGCAUGCGGAGGGGUUGCAAUGGUGGAGGGUGCUCAUGGGCAUGGGAGCGAAGGGUUUGGUCGUUUCCAUGCACAGUAGCCGACGUGUUGUAUUAAGGAGGUACCAGGCUCUCGCGUGCUAACUGAAGCAGGCGACUAGAAAACAAUGCUGUAUGCUGGGGAUUGGGCAGGGGCUUAGGGAUGCCCCUGCCUUGUCCUGAACAAAUGACCUAACCAAGCGAAUGAGGGUCGGUGGCGUCUAAGAUCGCAGGGCAGUAGCUAUGCGUACGUGUCUCUAUGGCAAGACCAAAGUAGGUGUUGGGGGCCCUGCUGGGCAGUUGCCGUGGCUUUGACCAUGGCAGUCCCCUGUAUUUUAGGUUGCAGAGGCAGCUGGCAGAAGGGGAGAAAGCUACGCUCCCUGAAUGAAUGACCGCUACAAUGGUUUCCUAAAAGGGAACACGGGUGAUGAACCCAACUCCCUGCAGUUGUAACACGGAACCACUCACAGUCACGGUUUACACGAGUGUACGGUGCUUCAAGUACGCACCAGGACAGCCCAAGUAUGCUGGCCAUAUUAUGCGGGAAAGCGUGCUGAGGCAUCACAUACUCACAUUACACAUGCGAG